UCUUCUCUCUUUUGUGUGUGGACCCCGCCGCGCGUGAGUGUGUGUGUGUGUGUGCGUGUGUGCUCGUCCCGUGUGUGGGACAGUGGGACAGAGAACCGGGUCGAGCUCCAGUCCAAUGGAUUCCGGGCCUUGGGUGCUCGGGUAGCGUGAGCCGUGAAUGGCGUACAGGCGGAAGGGCGACGCGGGCAACGGGCAGGCGCAGGGCUGCGACGACAAUCCCAACCACAUCGUGUACCGAAAGGUUCCGACUUAAUAACUUGGAUGAUGAAGAAUCUCGAUGUUGAAGACCAAACGGAAGCUCUUCACCUGGGUCACCUGAUGUCCGCUCAUGGCUACUUCUUCCCCAUCGACGACCACGUCCUUACCAUCAAGGCCGACGGGACGUUCUACAGGUUCCAGACUCCUUAUUUUUGGCCGUCCAAUUGCUGGGAGCCAGAAAAUACGGAUUAUGCCGUGUACCUGUGCAAGCGAACCAUGCAGAACAAGACGCGUCUGGAGCUUGCCGACUACGAAGCCGAGAACCUGGCCCGCUUGCAAAAGAUGUUCUCCAGGAAGUGGGAAUUCAUUUUCAUGCAAGCCGAGGCACAGGCCAAGGUGGACAAGAAGCGAGACAAGCUGGAACGAAAAGUUCUUGAUAGCCAAGAGCGUGCCUUCUGGGAUGUACAUCGACCUGUGCCCGGUUGUGUCAAUACCACCGAAAUGGACAUCAAGAAAGCGUGUAGGAUGAACAAACCCAUCAAAAGUGCCAAGCAUCUGCAGAGUGCGGUAGGGGGAGGACGCAUUAGUCCCAGCGUCUCAGAGACGGAACUGAACAGCCCUCAGGACAGUGUCAAAGUAGAGAUUCAGUCCUUGAGGGAUCGGCUGGACAGGAGGAACGUGAAGAUGUCCAAGGUGGCUGAAUCGUACAUCAACUUCUUCGAGCAGUACCAGGAAUACGACGCCUUCCUAACGACGCCGGAGCCAUCCAACCCGUGGAUCUCAGACAGCGUCGAUUUCUGGGAUCUCGAAAAACAAACGAAAGACAUUCCGGCCCGGCGAGUUCGCCGUUGGGCGUUUUCCCUGAAGGAGCUUCUGAAGGAUCCCGCGGGCAAGGAACAGUUUUUCAAGUUCCUGGAGAAAGAGUUCUGUGCCGAAAACCUCAAGUUUUGGGACGCUGUACAAGAGCUGAAACAAGUGCAUUCAAGAGACAUUCCACUCAAAGUACAAGCUAUAUGGAACGAAUACUUGGCGCCAGAUGCCAACUGUCCCAUCAACAUUGAUUCCAAAAGUUUCGAGAUUACCAAGAAAAACAUAGAGGCACCGAAUAGGUGGACGUACGAAGAAGCAGCGGCUCAUGUGUACCAGCUGAUGAACAGCGAUAAAUACACCAGGUACCUGAGGUCAGAAAUGUACAAAGAAUACCUCAACGGAAUGAAGAAAAAGACUUCAGUGAAAGGAAUCCGAUCAGUGAUUUCUUUCAGCGCGAAGAAGGAACAAACUUCGUCAUCGUCCUAGCACACUAAAACAGCAAUCUUCUGAUAUGAGCAUUUCUUCGUGUUUACAAAGAGUUGAAGCAAUGGAGGAGGCAAGCCCCUCUUCGAUUGUCCUGCUGAAUAACCGAGCAAUGGAACUGUUCUCCAGAAAGGGACGCUUCUGUGACGUUCAAAUAGUUCUCUGUCUUCGAAUUCCGUAGCUGCCCACAGAGCGGAAGUGUCAGAACGGAAGUGUUGCCUCUCUUCCUUGCUGUCGUGUAUAUAUCUUGUACAGAAAGAGUCAUUUUUUUAAGCGAAUCAUACGAAAUCUUUGUACCAUAGACUAUUCUUUUCUCGUCAGAACAUUGUUUUGCGAAGUGUUACCAGUAAGACUUCGCCAAGUUUUGUUUCGAAAU